AUGACGUGGAGGUCGAUGAUGACCCUGGAGCCGUACCGCCUUGCCAGGGAGGCUGUCCUGUCCAUGGUGAGGACCACAAUGAGCAUGUCCCUCUCUGGUAGGGUCUGGUUGGGGACUUGGGUUGAGUAUGCUUGUGAUGGAGGGGAGUGCGACGUUGGCGUGGAAGCUUGGGUGGUGUAUGAGGUUGAGCAGGAUCAGCCUCCCACCAACAUAAGGGGCUGCUGCGCCCAGGACGAGAGCAUCUGGGUGUACGAGAAUCUAGCAAAGCAGUAUGACAACUACCACAUCGAGUUUAUCAUGGACGAGAGGCAGUUCGCCAAGUGUGACAGCAGGCCCGACACCCUGUUCAAGUUCAACCAGUCCGGCACCGAGAGGGUUGUGAUCCUGCACUUGGAGUGUGACGGCUCGAUCAAGAAGCACUACAGUGACAAGAACCAGGAGCACGAUGACAAGAUCUACGAGAGCAACCUGAACUGGUUCGAGCUCCUUUACAACCUCACUGAUUUGAUACUCCCCGUGAUGGAUAAGCAGAUGGAUCUGCUGAACAGGAUGAUCACCGCUUUCCGCUCAGGGGCAUCGUCUACUACAACUAUGACAUCGGUCGUGAGGCCGAUCGAAGGUGGGGCCCCAAAAAUUUGA